AUGGACCCUUCUAAAGACUACAUUGACUUAUCAUCAAUCAACUCUAUUGAUGUGGUUUCUGAUUCAUCACAUGUUGAAACUCUUUCAUCUUCAGAAGAAAUGUCUGUUAUUUCUUCAGAUCAUCUUGUUGUCCGAUUCAUGAAUCAAAAUGGAACACAGAGUUAUAACAUUGAUGGGAUUGCAAAUGUACUACUAGCACUUGAUAGGAUUGAACAAAAUGAGGAGUUAACAUAUAAGAGGGAAGAAUCAAGUGAUCAAGCGUCGAACAAAGGUGGUUUUGGUGGUCGUAUUGGGAUCUUCCAUCGGGGUUUUGAAAAUGGAAGCGGUAUUAGGAUCGUGGAGAUGUUGUUUAGAUGCAAUAUACUUGUGUUAGUUGGAGGCGGUUCUCAGCCUCAGUACCCUUUAAAUAAGAAGAUAUCUGUAUACAAUUUCACGGAUUUGAAGUUAUUGCAAUCGAUCGAGACAUUUGUGAAUCCCAAGGGCCUUUGCGAUGUUUCACAAGCUUCUGGUAGUUUUGUGCUUGUUUGUCUCAGAUUGCGGAAAGGACAAGUUAGGGUUGAUCAUUACGCUUUGAAGCGAACAAAGUUUAUCUUAGCUCAUGAUUCAAGAAUUACGUGCUUUGCUCUGUCACAGAAUGGAAAUAUGAUUGCCACAACCAGCAACAAAGGAACUCUUGUUCGUAUCUUCAGUAUCCACGACGGGUCAUUGUUGCAAGAGAUCCUGUUUGGCUUUCUGUACAUUGUGAAUCUUGGAAUAAUCUUAUUUGUUUAUGUAGAUGAUUCAAUGGAUGAUAUUGUUGAGAUUCCAAUUCGAUUGGAAUGGAAUGACGAAUUCCAAUUCUGUUGGAAUAGAAUGACGAAUUCCAAUUCUAUUGGAAUCACAGAAGUUGAUGCUUGA